AUGGGCGAGACGAGCACCCGACGCCGCGCGCGGCCGAGGGUCGGGAGCGUCGGCUACAUCGCGCCCGAGGUGCUCACCCUGCCCUGCCCGCCGCAGACGACCCAGGUCGACUGUUUCAGCGCCGGGGUGCUCCUGUACACGUGCCUGGCUGGCCACGGGCCCUUCCAGGGCAGGAACCUGAAAGAGGUCCUGGUGCAGAACCUGCAUAACAGUGUGAACAUGCAGGCCAUGACCAGGUUUCCACCUGGUGCACGGGACCUGGUGACGCAGCUUUUAGAAACCAGGCCCGAGGACCGCCCCACUGCGGGGCAGUGCCUGCGGCACCCGUGGCUGCGGCGGCCCAGGGACGCCAACUCCCUGAAGGUCCCGCCGAGGAACCCCUUCAGCUCCUGCACGCUGGAGAGCCUCGGAGAAACCACGAGCAGGUUCUCGCACUCGCACGGGUGCAGCAUGUCCAAGGCCAGCUCCAACAGGACUCUGUCCUCGAGCAGCCGCAGCAGCUCCAGCUCCGAGCAGUCUGGUGCGGAAGACCAUGGACCGCUCAACACGCAGCCCUACUUCCCUUCGAAGUCCCAGGACUCUCUGAGCGUCUUGGCCGUCAUGGCCGCGACGGAGCGAAGCUCACAGCGAGUGGAGGCGAGCGGCCACAGCGCCCGCGGCACGGCGAGCUGGCCUCAUGGCCCCGUGAGCGUGGCAGGCAAGCAGCUCGCCAAGUCGCUCUCCCAGUCGAUCAGCUAUGACUUCCUGCAACCCAGACCCAGCGCGGCCGAUGGCACGAGGUCCGCGCCGGUCAGGCGCGCGCUGGCCGCUGGCUCCGCGGGCAGGGCGCCCCCCGCCGGCGCUGCGGGCAGGGCCGCGCGCGCAGCGGGUGGCGCGCCGUGGGCGGCAGUGCGCGGCGCCCCCGCGGAUCACGCGCAGGGGCUCCAGGGCUCUGGGGCACUAGCGGCGAGGAUUCUGCGGGUGCGCCAUCGGGCCCCGCUGGACUCGGGCACGGAGGCGUCGGACUCGGAGGAGGGCCCCGAGGAGGAGGAGCACUGCUCCCACGGCUGCUCGGUCUCAAAGACUGUAGGGCCAGAGGCAGCGCGGGCCGACGCGGGCGCGAACAGCUCGAAGGAGGCGCGCGCGGAGGCGCCCGGCGAGAGGCUCUCCGGCCGCCUGAGCUUCCGAGGGCUGCGGCAGCGGGUUGCCGAAGCAAGGUCCGCCAAGGGGCACGUGCCCGUGCCGCGCUUCCUGCUGGGGGUGGGCAUGCGCCCCAGGACUUCGGUGCGCCGGCGCUCCCGCACGCCGCAGCUCAGGGAGAGCGAGGGCGUCUGUGCACCGAGCGCCCUGGCCGGCGGCGUGGCCGCCCCCUUCGUUCUUAGCGGUGGCCUCGCGACGGAGGCCGACUCCAGCGCCAAGCGUGCAUGGCAGCUCCGCAGGCUCGCCCAAAAGCUGGAGGCCGCAACGGACAAGCAGAUACCGAUCUCCUUCCUGGAGUGCGCGGCUGGCGCCUCCAAGGCCGUCGUCUCCGGCUACUCGCAGCUGGUGGGCGCGGCGCCGAUCCACAUCGAUGCCAAGGUGUGGGGUUGGGUGUCGACGAGGCGAUUGUUCUGGACCCGGGGUCAACAUGGCGGCUUCCACAGCCGCAGUGCCCUCGCGCUGCCACGUGGCUCCCUGGUCACAACGGUUGCCCAAGGCCGGGGAGGAGUGAGACUCCAGCUGCAGGCGACAGGACAGAAGCCGCUCCCGCGGGCCAUAGCGCUCGCUCCUUGGUGCAAGCAGAUUUUCGACCCGCGCCUGACCGCGGAGGACCAGCGAGCACCAGGCAUGCGCACCUUCACACAGGACAGACGCCGCUUCCGCGGGCCAAUCCAAGCACCGGAGUUGGAAGAUAUCGAUCCCGAGUUUUCUGGUAAGCCAGCGGAGGACGAGCUAGCCGAGCUGCUUGCAUCAGGACCGUCGCCGCUGGCAGCCGCCGCCAAGCUGCUGGCGUCGACCGGCGGCGCCAGGAACGGUGGCGCGCAAAACGGCGGAGAGCAGCGCGGCCGCACCAACGAUGGCACCGUCGGCAAGUCCAUCCGCCGCCGCGCCUGACCAGCUGAUGCGCCGACGACUGCGCGACCAGUCGGGCAGGAGCGCGAGGCGGCCGGCAGGCGCCUGGCGGGCGGGCCCCAAGCUCAGCGUCGGCCUCGGGCGCGCGCCCGAGCGCCUUCGUCGCGCGGCGCCGCACGAGUGGGCACGUUCGUCGGCGCGCGAGGCCACCCACUCCACCUGGAUCUCACCUUCGCCCUUGGAGGAGCAAGCCGCACGAGCGCGCUGCCACAAGUCCUUAUUCGAUCGCUUCGCUGGUUCCGCUGGCCCGUACUAUUGAUUUUUUUUGGUUACAGUGCAGCUGAAAUUGGUUUCGGAAUUAUUUCUGUAGUGCGCACUGUAUGCGAUUACAUCAAUAACUGUGUCGGGA